AUGGCAUCGUACAGCUUCUACUCGCUCGUCUCUGCGGUCAAGGACAAGUCGGCCAAGGCCAUCUCGACCUUGAGCUCGGACCUCCAGGAGUUUUCAACAACCGUCCAAGGCGACGUCGCUGAGGUGGCCAAGCAUGUCAAGAAGAAGGUUGAGGAAACGAUGGAGUCGAAGCCUGCCGCUGAAGCGACGGACGAGGCGGCUCCAGCGGACAGCAGCAAAGCACGCGAGCUCCAAGCUUCGGUGACCGCGUCGCUCUUUGCGUUUGGGGCCACGCUCGAGUCCGUUGGCUCCAAGCUUCUUACAAGUGCGGAUGAGUUUAUCGGCGGCUUUGCCGGCGACGAAGCUAACGACACACAUGACGAGCCACUCGACGAAGCCGCGAGUGCUCGCCGCUUCCGUCUCUCGGCGAUGCAGAACGCCGACGAAACGUACGUCGAGCCGCCGGCCAACAUGGACGCCUACACGAAGUGGCGACAGGCCAUUUCGGACGACGACUGGGCGGCGCUGUGCGCUGAAGUCAUUGAGCACUACCCCACGAUCGACACCAAGCGCCAAGAACUCGUGCCGGAAUUAGUCUCAGAGGACGCGUUCUGGGGCCACUAUCUCUACAAGGCGUCGCGUCUCGCAGCCCAGGAACAGCGCAGCGCGCAGUUGCUGCAAAAGGUGGCGGGCGCGAGCGCGGACGAAGAAGAGAUUGGUUGGGACGUCGACUCGCCGCUUGCGAGCCCCACGGCGAAGACAGAGCCGGCUGCGACAGCGGCGGCAGAGCUCGCCCCAGAGACCAAGACGACGCCGGUGACGUCCCACCACUCGGACGAAUGGAUCGAUGUCGACGAAACGAAGAAGGCACCGGAAGCAGCGAUUGUGCUGGCGGACGAAGAAGUGCUCGAUUGGGGCGACGACAACGAGCCAGCACCGGCGGCCAAGUCUGCGAGCGACGACUGGGGCCAAUGGGAGUAA